AUGUCUCAUGAUGCUUCCCAGGAGUUUUCGGGGCUCAUGAAACUAAAGCCGUCAUCAAAGCUUAUCCUGGACGACCCGGAGCGCGUUCAGAAAGUGCUUGACAGAGGAGAAGCAUUCAGGCUGAAGAGAGACAGGGACCGGCAAGCGGUUCCUCGGGUGAACGGGUUUAAUGGGCAGAUGAAUGAGGACUCCGAUGAUGACGAUAUAGUCGAACAACUUGGCCUACAACUUGACCAGGCAAAAACCUCGAAUGCCUUGGAGCCAGAGAAGCGAUUUAUACCACAACCUCAGUUCGACAGAAUCCUGACUUUCGAGUCGGUCUAUAGGGUUGUGUCUACUCUUCGAUGUUUCAGAAAGGAGCCGAAUAAGAGGGAGCUUGCAAAGCAAAUAUACUACGGCGACUCGGAUGGUUCGAAGGGUCCUGCCGUGAAAUUGUUGGCGGUCCUGGUGGGCAUUGACAAGGUGGAGGACUUCGCCAAACACUUCAAGGACGGGGUCAGAGAUAGCUGUUUGCCGCUUCAGCCAACCGGUGCCACCAAGGACCAAUUCCUCAAGUGCCGGAAACACGGCAUGCACAGCACUAUCAACAGUUAUCUCCGCCCACAGAUCCGCGAAAGCUUUUCGCAGUGGUCUCAUACACUGAACGCGCCGUUCAUCAAGUGGGAGCCAUCGUUGCAUUCGCAUUACGUUUUAGAAACCGGAGACAUCAUUCCUGUGGAGAUCAUUGACAAAGUCACACAGGAAGACAGCUCGGACACCACGCAGAAGGAUGCUCUUUCUGGUGGGGGUAAUACUUACGGAGGUUUCAGUGAAGUCUAUAAAGUCAAGAUCCAUGAUGGGCAUUGGGACUUUGGGGACCAUGGAGUACGUUAUGUGUUUCCGAAUUUCCAGUUACUCAGCUAA